UAAAUUUAUCCACGAGUUCAACGUAUAAAGUGUAUGACUGCUUCCCGGCUGCCAUACCGCCAUUUUGCAGAAUGUUCAUUUCAGUUCACUUUACAUCUUGAAAGCUUCAGUUCUGUAGUUAUAUGUAGUAAAAUAUAUUGUUCUUAUCUGCAGCAACAAUUUCAAUUUGUGCAUAUAGUUUUUAUAGAAAUGAGCAAAAGCAAAGAUUCAUCUGCUGGUGAAACUGAAGGCGGAGAGGAAUUCAGUGUUGAAAAAGUUUUAGACAGAAGGGUGGUGAAAGGAAAGGUUGAAUAUUUUCUAAAAUGGAAAGGGUAUUCUAAUGAAGACAAUACGUGGGAACCAGAGGAAAAUUUGGAUUGUCCAGAUUUAAUUGCACAAUUUGAAGAACAACGAAAAAAGAAGGAAGCUGCUGCAGUUGGUAAACGUCAUGAAGAUAAAGAACAAAAGAAACGGAAAAGCACACCUAUUCCUACAAAUGCUAAAAAGAGAAUGACAGAAGAAAAGAAACCUGAAGGCUUUGACAGAAAUUUGGAGCCAGAGCGUAUUAUUGGUGCAACAGAUUCGAGUGGGGAGCUUAUGUUUUUGAUGAAAUGGAAAGGCACAGAUGAUGCCGAUUUAGUUCCUGCUAGAAUUGCCAAUGAGAAGUGUCCACAAAUUGUGAUUAAGUUCUAUGAGGAAAGAUUAACAUGGCAUAGUCCGACUCAUGAUGAAGAGAGUUCAACAAAAGCUGAUCCAGAGUAGCGACCCGCCUUUCGGUAUUCAUACACACCACGUUUUAGAAUCUGUCGCAUAUAAUAAAACAACUAGUGUGUACAAAAUGAAAGUUUAAAGAUUUAUUGGUCAUUGCACAGUAACAAUAUUUUGGACUUCAGUGUUUUUUACAAUUACUAGUAACAACUUAUAUUUGAUCAAUAGACAAGUUAUAUUACAUAAAAGUGUCACUAUUAGUAAAAUAAUAAUUAUUCUUAUUAUGUACUUUCUUUCAAAUAUGCAUUUUCAGCUUCAUUAAAUAUAUUUCUAAUAAUUCUAAUUUUCAUUAGUUUCUAAGAAAAGGAAUGAAACUUAUAAAUUGGCUACUAUUUUGCAGUAUAAAAACUUCUCGUUUAAUUAAUGGCAACUUACAUGUUAUACAAUUAACUUUCACAUAUUCAAUAACUAAACACGUAGUGUAUAUAAAUUGUUUUAGUUCACAAUGACAUAGAAACUUCACAGAUUGAUUUAAAUACAGUAAGACAAUGUACAAUGCGUACAGACAUCUGAAUAGAACUGGUCAUCCAUAUUUUUUGAAAUUGUAAAAAUGUCUUUAGUAAUAAGUAUAACUGUACAAGCACCAGUCUUUAUGUAUGAAAAAAUUGAUACUACGACAAGAAAAACAAUAAUGUCUAAGUAACAUCUUUUCAGUCUAUAAACUAGAUUCAAUUGGUUAUUAAAAACUUAAAUUUGUUUUUUAAUACAAUACAGUAUUGAUAUAAUUUAAUGUGUAAUAUUCAUUAUUCAAUUACAUCAAAAUGAUCAUUAUAUAAAAUCUUUUAGUAUGUAAGUAAUCAUAUAAGUACAUACGUUUACCAUUUAUUGUUUGAUGUAACAUUACGAUUAAACUCAGCCUUUUUUAUAA